GGUAGGUGUUGUGGUUCUGAAAGUUGUCGUGGGUCCGGUUGCGAUGGGGAAGUCAGAUUUUUUGACCCCGAAGGCCAUCGCCAACAGGAUCAAAUCCAAAGGGCUUCAGAAGUUGCGCUGGUAUUGCCAGAUGUGCCAGAAGCAGUGCCGGGACGAAAAUGGCUUUAAGUGUCAUUGCAUGUCCGAAUCUCAUCAGAGACAGCUAUUGCUGGCUUCAGAAAAUCCUCAGCAGUUUAUGGAUUAUUUUUCACAGGAAUUCCGAAAUGACUUUCUGGAACUCCUCAGGAGACGUUUUGGCACCAAAAGAGUUCACAACAACAUUGUUUAUAAUGAGUACAUCAGCCACCGAGAGCACAUCCACAUGAAUGCGACUCAGUGGGAGACUCUGACCGACUUUACUAAGUGGCUGGGAAGAGAAGGCUUGUGCAAAGUGGAUGAGACGCCAAAAGGCUGGUAUAUUCAGUACAUAGACAGGGAUCCAGAAACUAUUCGCCGGCAACUGGAAUUAGAGAAAAAGAAGAAGCAGGACCUUGAUGAUGAAGAAAAAACAGCCAAAUUUAUUGAAGAACAAGUGAGACGAGGUCUAGAAGGGAAAGAGCAGGAGGUACCUGUUUUUACAGAAUUAAGCAGAGAAAAUGAAGAAGAAAAAGUUACAUUCAAUUUGAAUAAAGGUGCAUGCAGUUCAGCAGCAGCAUCUUCCAAAUCAAGUGCUUUGGGUCCAAGUGCAUUGACUACAAUAGGGGCUGCAGCAUCAGUGAAACGAAAAGAAUCUUCCCAGGGCUCAGCUCUAUCAAAAGAAAAGAAGAAAAAGAAAUCUGCACUUGAUGAAAUCAUGGAGAUUGAAGAGGAAAAGAAAAGAACUGCCCGAACAGACUACUGGCUACAGCCUGAAAUCAUUGUGAAAAUUAUAACCAAGAAACUUGGAGAGAAAUAUCAUAGGAAAAAAGGCAUUGUUAAGGAAGUAAUUGACAAAUAUACAGCUGUUGUAAAGAUGAUUGACUCUGGAGACAAGCUGAAACUUGACCAGACUCAUUUAGAAACAGUAAUUCCAGCACCAGGAAAGAGAAUUCUAGUUUUAAAUGGAGGCUACAGAGGAAAUGAAGCAACUCUAGAAUCCAUCAAUGAGAAGACUUUUUCAGCUACUAUAGUCAUUGAAACUGGCCCUUUGAAAGGACGCAGAGUUGAAGGAAUUCAAUAUGAAGACAUUUCUAAACUUGCCUGAGUUUGAAAGUUUGUUAACAACACAUUAAAAUCCUAAAGCAUCAAAUUGGUGUUCACCAAGAUUUUGUGAGACUCUACUGUGUUAGGGUGUUUCUUUUGUAUAAAAUGAAUGAAUUUAUUUAAAUGUUACUGUAUAGUUGUUUUCCUUAACCUACAGAGGAAUCUAAUAAUGUGUCGUGUAUCAAAAUUAUGUAAUUUUGUUCUUGUUUUUUUUUUUUUUCUUUUUUAUUGUUUCUUUGUUGUUUUUUAACCUUUCAUUAAAAGAAAGUUAUU